AAAAUGGCGUCUAAACGAGGAGACGUAUCGAACGAGCUCUACUUGCCGAACAAAAUCAUUCAAGAAAAUGCAUUUGUCAAAACUAUGGACGAGUACAGAAAAUUAUAUAAAAGAUCCGUUGAAAGUCCCGAAAUAUUUUGGAAAGAAAUUGCUGAUGAAUUCUACUGGAAAACAGAAAAGAAAGGGAAAUUCUUCAGCUACAAUUUUGAUAUAUCGAAAGGUCCGGUGUACGUAGAGUGGAUGAAAGGAUCUUCUACGAACACGUGCUAUAACUUACUGGAUCGUAACGUUAUAGAAAAAGGGUUUGGUGAUAGAAUAGCGUAUUACUGGGAAGGCAAUGACCCCGAUGAUCACGCUACUAUAACCUACAAGGAACUUCUCAGAAAUGUUUGCAAAUUUGCAAAUGUUUUAAAAGGCAAAGGUGUCAAGAAGGAAGACUGUGUCGCCAUCUAUUUGCCGAUGAUAAUGGAAGUAGUUGUGGCCAUGCUUGCUUGUUCUCGAAUUGGAGCCAUUCAUUCUGUUAUUUUUGGUGGUUUUUCAGCACAAUCCUUAGCUCAGCGGAUCCUAGAUGCAAAGUGUACUGUGCUUAUUACUGCAGAUGGAGUGUGGAGAGGAACAAAGUUACUGAACUUAAAGGAAACAGUGGAUGAAGCCUACAAGAUCUGCAAAGAAAAUGGACAUCACAUGAAAGCCAGUAUUGUUGUGAAACAUUUAGGGCCACCAGAAAGCAAGGAAGAUCACCUCAAAAAAAUUACACAGCAAGCUAAACGACCCGUGUAUGACCUAAAGACACCAUGGAACCCUGACAUUGACUGCUGGUGGCAUGAAGAGAUGAACAGAGCAAAUGAUAUCUGUGAACCUGAGUGGGUAGAUGCUGAAAAUCCACUGUUUAUUUUGUACACCAGUGGGUCAACUGGCAAGCCCAAAGGUGUGGUUCAUACUACUGGUGGGUAUCUUCUGUAUGCUGCUACCACUUUCAAGUAUGUUUUUGAUUAUCAUCCUGGAGAUAUUUAUUUUUGCACUGCUGAUGUUGGGUGGAUUACUGGUCACACUUAUGUGGUGUAUGGACCUCUUGCACAGGGAGCCACUAGCGUAAUGUUUGAGGGUUUACCAUUUCAUCCUCAUCCUGGCCGUUACUGGGAGAUCAUUGACAAAUACAGAGUCACGAAGUUUUACACUGCACCUACUGCAGUACGUGCCUUGAUGAAAUAUGGAGACAGCCAUGUAACAAAAUAUGACCGUUCAUCUUUGAAAAUUCUGGGAAGUGUUGGAGAACCUAUAAAUCCAGAAGCUUGGCUUUGGUACCACAAGAUUGUGGGAAACGAACAAUGCUCCAUUGUAGAUACUUUUUGGCAGACUGAGACUGGAGGACACGUACUUACUCCAUUGCCAGGUUGCACCCCAACAAAGCCAGGAUCUGCUACAUUCCCAUUUUUUGGUGUUGUUCCAGCACUUCUAAAUGAUGAAGGGAAGGAAAUUCAAGGACCAGGAGAGGGUUAUCUAGUUUUCAAGAAGCCCUGGCCAGGUAUGAUGAGAACAAUUUACAAAAGUCACGAACGUUUUGAAACAACAUACUUUGAAAAGUUUAUUGGUUACUAUUGCACUGGUGAUGGAGCAAGACGAGAUGAAGAUGGAUAUUACUGGGUGACAGGACGAGUGGAUGACAUGUUGAAUGUUUCUGGUCACCUUCUGUCUACAGCCCAAGUUGAAUCAGCUCUAAUUGAACAUAAAGCUGUGUCUGAAACUGCUGUUGUAUCUCAUCCCCACUCUGUUAAAGGAGAAUGUUUGUAUGCUUUCAUUGUGUUGAAGGAGGGUUAUCAGUUUAAUAGUGAUGUCGAAAAAGAACUGAGAGCUAAAGUCAGAAGCAAGAUUGGUCCAUUUGCCUCGCCUGAAUUUCUGCAUCACACAUCAGGGUUACCAAAGACAAGAUCUGGAAAAAUUAUGCGUAGAAUUCUUAGAAAGAUUGCAAGAAAUGAUCGUGACCUUGGUGAUCUCAGCACCCUCGCAGACCCUCAAGUUGUUGAUGAGCUUUACAAAACUCGACCUAAGAACAUCUAGUUUCUUAAUCAAGAUACCUAUUACCCAGAUAUAAUAAGGCAAUAAGGUCAUUUUCAAACUUACCAUAUGGUUGUGUUAAUGAGUAGCUUUAAUUGUUUGAAAGUGGUUCUAAAAAUUCCAUAAAGGUAGUAUGCUACUCAGUUGAUGUUGAAAUCUGUUAUAGUAAAUUAUUGUAUCCCGUGUUAUUUAUUAUAGAAUAAUGGAUGUAAUUUAAAGAAUAUGUAGUUACAGUAAAUGUGUUCAUUCAGUGAUACUGUGGUGCUCAUGUUGGUAGGUGUUCUGAUUGUUAAAGUUAUCAUAAUAAAAACUGUGUUGGGCUAAGUAUUUAAUUAUAAUAUAUAUAUAUAUAUAUCUGUGAAUGUAUUUACAUUUAUUGUUUUCUAUUAAGAAUAUUCUGAUAAUAUACUUUUUCUGUACUAAUGUUCAUUCAGAUAAUGCAGGUGGUUGCAUAAGCAAGGUUCAUAAAACUGCUCUUGGCACUGAUUAGGAACGUGUACAUAGCCACCACAUGCUCUAUUUCAAUUCCUCAGUAGCCUCUUUUUUUUGUAACAAAAUGCCUGAUAGUAAAGUUUGUUUACCCCUUUAGUCACAUUAAUCAAAAUAAAAUCACCAAGAAAAACCUUAAAUUUUGAAAGAUAAUUCAUUAAUAAUUCAG